CUAAAUGGAGGCUGUUUGAAAUGUCGUCUGGAAACUGUAACGUUGCUUAACAAGUCAAAAACAUGCGAUGAUUACAUCGAUUAUUUACCGGCUAGUUACAUUUACAGAGAGCGGUCACUAUGGACUGUAAUGUCGACAGUGCUGAGGAAGUGGAGACUGAAAGAUCCUCAUCUCCACAUGAAAUACACUCUCCUGUAAUGGACCGUAACCCGUCACCACCCCCGGAGGCAGCCGAUGGAGAGGAGGACGGAGAUUUGGACGCCAUCGGAGAUACUGUUUACAGCAAGCACUGGCUUUUCAGCACCUUGACUCGCCUCAUCCAUAUGGUCACAGAGCAUUCAGAAGAGGACUCUGAGGGUCAGAUGCAGCUCCCUGAUGAUGAUGAGGAAGAUCUGUGUAGGGUUUGGGAUAUGGCAAUGGAUAAGGAUGUGGCCGGUUUUCUGCAGGAGUUCAAAGCUACAGAUAUCCUCCUCGGUGUGAUAGCCAAAUCUCGAUGUCCCCGUCUCACAGAAAUCUGUGUGGGAAUCCUCGGGAAUAUUGCUUGUUUUCCUGACACCUGCCUGACUCUCAGCCAGAAUGAAGACUUAGGUGCUGUGCUGUUGCUUCUCCUUGGAGAUACAGAUCCUCCGACCCUCCUUGAAACAAGCAGAUUGCUGCUGACCUGUGUCUCUCAAAAAGACGUCUGCUCCCUGUGGCUUCAGAGAAUACGGCAGCAGUCGUCUGUGCGCUCCAGCCUCCUUUUUGUCAUGUGCAGUUCUACCAACACUGACCUGCUUGAGAAAGUUGGAGAGCUGGUCGACAAACUGUUUGACCUUGACGAGGAGCUGAUGAAGAGUUGGGUCACAGAUCAGCCAAGUGAGGGUGAGGAGGAGGAGGAGGAGGAGGCUGGUGAAAGCCGUCUGGAUGUGGCCUCGUGUCUUCUUGAGGCAGCCAAGCAGCUCAGAUCAGAAAGUCCGAAUGGCUUAGAGGUUUACUUUCACGCCCUCCAACUCCUCACCACCAUAGAUGAGGGCAUUCAGAUUUUCGCUGCCCCUGAUGGACCCGGCAAAGCAGUGUGGGACUUUGUGUGUGACGUUGUGUGUGAGGACCUCUGCCAGCCAACUGAUCUUCCAGUUGUCCUGCAAGAGCAGAAGAGCGUUUUGGUUCAGGCAUUUGCCGUGCUGCAGGCUCUCCACAGGUGCCAGAAUCAGUGGCAUAACAAAAGUCACACAAGUCUUCCCCUGAUUGGAACCAUUUUGCGGGUGCUUCAGUACCACACUGAGGGCAAAGACGACAGCAAAGAAGACACAAAAGAUGAACAGCUCCAGACGCUAGCAGAGAUCUCAGCUGAGUUUCUAGCCGACAUCUGCAUUCAGAUUCCCAAGGACACUGUCGCAGAUUUGGUGAAAAAAGGUUACCUUACAGAGAAGACGUGUCUCACAGCUGCAAGCAGUUUAGUUCCCAACUUUAAGGCUUCAUUUCAGCACCUGCAGUCCAUGCUGUCAGAGACUGAUCCCCAAAUGGCAGACAUGGUGAGGAAACAGUUUCCUGUCUGAGGCGCCCAGCAGAUCAGUGUUCAGCACUCACCCACACUCUCACCGCUGCUUUUUAUAGCAGCCCGUAUGUCCCCUCCAGAGAUCCUGCCUCAAGUCGAGCUAUUUGGAUUUCCAUCGGAAAGACCCAACCAGGAUGUCACACCAUCACGAGGGACAAAGACUUUCAUUUUUUCUU